UCGUGAAGGUUCUGGAUGCUCAGUGCACAGAUCGCGUUUUCAGUCGUUUGAAAGGAGGAUCAACCACGACGGACGAUCCGCUCAUGAUGAAGACGUUUGUUCACGUGGAGGAUCCAGAAACAUUUUGUUUGUGCAUGAGGUGGAAGCACGACGAUAAUGCGGAGCGUUGGAGAAGCUUUUGGGAUAUGACUCCUGCGGUCGAUUGAAUGGAAUAAUGUGGCUCCCGAGUUAAAUACUUCGAAGUAGUAUUUGAUUUCUUGACAUACUUUGAUCCUGAUAAAUAUAAAGUUAGUAAUAUACAAAGAUGGCGUACUCUCCUGAGCAAUACCAAGCUAGCAAGGAACGAAUCAAAGCAGCGCAGAAGCGCUACUACCAGCGCACACGCGAAGCCCGUUUAUCUUAUCAAAAAGACAACGAUGACAAGAAUAGAGACCAGAUUCGAGCUCGCACGUCUUUUCGAUAUGAGGGUAGUUUUAGAACCUCUAAACCGGUCAGAUCUAAUAGACGUUGAUUUGACGACGCCCACUUUAUAGCGAGAGCCACGUCUUUUGGACCUUCGCUCGUUCAAACUAUAUUGAUAAAACCAAUAGAACAUUACGCCGGCAGAUUUUACUAGUAGUUCGGACCAGCGCGACGUGGCGUCUCAUCAUUGGUUGAAAAUCUAUGUCACACACCUUCAUGUUCGCUUAAGUACGCCAGAAAUUCUACAUCCUUCUUCCUCAUUCCAGAAUCUGCCGGCUCGAGGAAAGAUGGUGAAGCUCUUCUGUGCGAUCGUUGGUGCGGCGGGCAGUGCGUUUCCUGUGGACAUUGACGCGGGUCAGUCGGUGGGAGACCUGAAGAAGGCGAUCAAGGCGGAGAGCGACGGGUUGAUCAGAGCUGAAGAUCCUUGGACGAAGCUGCAGCUCUUCCUGGCGAAGACGGCGGACGGCGCGUGGCUGCCAGACGACGACCAAGCUGCGCUGGAUCUGGAGGACGGAAAGGUUCAUGAGGACAUUCAAGCGUUGAUCGAUGGCGAGAAGAUGAAGGCUACGUGGACAAUUGAGGACGUGUUGACAGCUAACAAUAUGACCAAACGGAAAGGGCGCGCUCCAAAGUCGAGACAAAUCCACGUGCUGGUGGUGGUUCCGGAGCAAGAACACGCACAAACUGGAUUGUGGCUUGUCACUGGAUCCGUUGAAAACGCGUUGAUCACGAAAGGAAUUCGCUGCAAACUGUACUGGAUGGCGACGUUACGCAUUGGAUACUACGAUCCUACGCGCUGCAUCGGCAACAAGAAUGUCGCGUUUUGGUAUGAAGACAAGAAAUUGUGUUUUCAUGUUUUAUUCGAGACAAGUACGUGCUUCUAUAUGCUGUCGCUGCAUCGUAAUACUGCUUCAUUGAGGGCUAACUCUGUUUCUUUUAUAGAAAAUGCUGCUUUGCUGUUCGAAACUGACUUAAGGACUGGGCCACAAACGCUGGGCUCUCCGUUAACUAACCAGGUUGUUGAGACGCGUGUUGCACCAGCUAACGCUGUGUCUACUGAUCUCCAGCGCGUCUUCUACUGCGACUACGUUCCAGACGAUUCGGAAUCUCCUCAAAACACAGUUUCAUCGAUAUCGUUGACUACAAGCGUUUCGAAUCUGGACCCAUCGACUGACGAGUUUCGUUUUCAGCGGAUUGAGGACGAGAAGUUCUUCCUACCGUACGGCAAGGCAGAAAGCUGCCAUGAUCCGCUCAUGAUGAAGACGUUUGUUCACGUGGAGGAUCCAGAAACAUUUUGUUUGUGCAUGAGGUGGAAGCACGACGAUAAUGCGGAGCGUUGGAGAAGCUUUUGGGAUAUGACUCCUGCGGUCGAUUGAAUGGAAUAAUGUGGCUCCCGAGUUAAAUACUUCGAAGUAGUAUUUGAUUUCUUGACAUACUUUGAUCCUGAUAAAUAUAAAGUUAGUAAUAUACAAAGAUGGCGUACUCUCCUGAGCAAUACCAAGCUAGCAAGGAACGAAUCAAAGCAGCGCAGAAGCGCUACUACCAGCGCACACGCGAAGCCCGUUUAUCUUAUCAAAAAGACAACGAUGACAAGAAUAGAGACCAGAUUCGAGCUCGCACGUCUUUUCGAUAUGAGGGUAGUUUUAGAACCUCUAAACCGGUCAGAUCUAAUAGACGUUGAUUUGACGACGCCCACUUUAUAGCGAGAGCCACGUCUUUUGGACCUUCGCUCGUUCAAACUAUAUUGAUAAAACCAAUAGAACAUUACGCCGGCAGAUUUUACUAGUAGUUCGGACCAGCGCGACGUGGCGUCUCAUCAUUGGUUGAAAAUCUAUGUCACACACCUUCAUGUUCGCUUAAGUACGCCAGAAAUUCUACAUCCUUCUUCCUCAUUCCAGAAUCUGCCGGCUCGAGGAAAGAUGGUGAAGCUCUUCUGUGCGAUCGUUGGUGCGGCGGGCAGUGCGUUUCCUGUGGACAUUGACGCGGGUCAGUCGGUGGGAGACUUGAAGGACGCGACCAAGGCGAAGAACCCGGCGACUAUCACGUGCGACGCCAAGGACCUGCAGCUCUUCCUGGCGAAGACGGAGGGCGGCGCGUGGCUGCCAGACGACGACCAAGCUGCGCUGGAUCUGGAGGACGGAAAGGUUCAUGAGGACAUUCAAGCGUUGAUCGAUGGCGAGAAGAUGAAGGCUACGUGGACAAUUGAGGACGUGUUGACAGCUAACAAUAUGACCAAACGGAAAGGGCGCGCUCCAAAGUCGAGACAAAUCCACGUGCUGGUGGUGGUUCCGGAGCAAGAACACGCACAAACUGGAUUGUGGCUUGUCACUGGAUCCGUUGAAAACGCGUUGAUCACGAAAGGAAUUCGCUGCAAACUGUACUGGAUGGCGACGUUACGCAUUGGAUACUACGAUCCUACGCGCUGCAUCGGCAACAAGAAUGUCGCGUUUUGGUAUGAAGACAAGAAAUUGUGUUUUCAUGUUUUAUUCGAGACAAGUACGUGCUUCUAUAUGCUGUCGCUGCAUCGUAAUACUGCUUCAUUGAGGGCUAACUCUGUUUCUUUUAUAGAAAAUGCUGCUUUGCUGUUCGAAACUGACUUAAGGACUGGGCCACAAACGCUGGGCUCUCCGUUAACUAACCAGGUUGUUGAGACGCGUGUUGCACCAGCUAACGCUGUGUCUACUGAUCUCCAGCGCGUCUUCUACUGCGACUACGUUCCGACUGACGAGUUUCGUUUUCAGCGGAUUGAGGACGAGAAGUUCUUCCUACCGUACGGCAAGGCAGAAAGCUGCCAUUUGGUGUCGAGAAAGCAAAGCAGAGACCACAAACGGGAAUUCGCCAAGUACGAUCGCGACUCAAACAACAGGCUUGCGCUUUCUCGCGAAAUGCAUGGUUGGUUCGACGGUAUGAGCAUUGAGGUUCCCAUCGUCAACAUGCUACCCGGAUCUGUUGAAGAGAAUCAAUCCAUUGGCAACAGACGCAAGGUACUGUGUGAGCGCGUAGUUCUGGUGUGUGUAAGUUUACUGACAUUUGCGUGUAGGUCGAGGUCUUCGUGAAGGUUCUGGAUGCUCAGUGUACAGAUCGCGUUUUCAGUCGUUUGAAAGGAGGAUCA